ACUGUCUUAUAUUAAUAUGAUUAUUUUAUUUUUGACUGUGUCCAGAAGCUUACCAGGCUCUUUGCAGAACACAGAGAAAGGCAGAGCACCUGGCCAGAAGUGCUUCCUAUUUAAUUUUAUGCAUUCCACCUUUUCUUUGUGAAAUACAGUGAAAUACUUGGAGUACAAUGCAAUAGGUGAACAAAUCUGUGUUUUAUAUGCUUUAUACAGAUUUGAGGCCAGACCUGCAUUCGGUUAUACACAAGUGUGUGCAACUGAGAUGGCAAUCUCACCGUCUAUGUUCAGGCAGAGAUUAAACAGUCUCCUCUGUCAAUAUUUAGGUUGACUCCUCCUACUUUUGCUCAUUUCCUUGAAAUCUUUGUGUUUCUGAACCCAUUGAGUAAUAAAGGGAGUAUUUAGCAAAGUAAGACUUAGAGGCUGCUGAACUUCCUUGUUAGCCCUGAAUUCCAGGCAGGUGCACCUGUCUGUCAGCAAAGAGCUGGGUGAGGCUUUAAGGCAGCUGCCAAGAUAGCCAGAUCCUGAAGGACUUUAGAGAGGAAUCUGUUUUAUUUGUGUAUACAGAGAGAAAAUGGCAUAUCGAGACUUAGUGAGAGGCUGGCAUGAAGGAAUUCUGGCUAUGGAUAAGGGGGACUGGGAUUCUGCCUUGAAAAUCUUCUCCAGUAUCGAAGAGCCAUCCUCCAGGAUCUAUUUCAACAUAGGCUGUGUGCAUCUCUCAACAGGGAACCCCGAGGGAGCCUUGCAGGCCUUUGAUAAAACAGUUACCAAGGACAACCAUCUAGCUGUUGGCUUCUUUCAAAGAGGGUUUGUCUGUCUGCAGUUAGAAAUGUAUGAAGAAGCGCUGUAUGACUUCAGCAUGGCCCUCACUCACCUAAGAAAUAACCCUUUCAUUGACUACAAACAACUGGGACUAAGGCAUAUGCUCUGUGCCUGGGAGGUGCUGUACAAUAUUGCAGCAGUGCAGUGCCGGCUUGGGCUGUGGCAGGAAGCUAGAAUAACCCUGGAGGAGGCUAUCAGACAGAGGCCUGAAGGAAGAACCACAAGCCUGGAUGUUGCCCUUGAGUGGGUGCAGAAUCAUCUCUUCCUGGAGCCCAUACAUGUUCCCCUGGGGGAAUUUUUCAGACCACGAAAGGAGGAAGUUGAGCAGCUGGAUUCAAAAGAUUUCCUGGGUAAACCCAAGGUGAUCUCCUCCGUCAUUCCCAAUGACGAGUACAUCGGAUUUGAGCCUCUCAGGCCACAGAGACAGGGCUUUUACGAACCCAGUGUCAAUGCUGUGCGAGACCGCGGCUCAGGUUACUAUCAAGUUGUGACUCAUUAUUACCCUGAGGACUCUGAAGAGAUGGCAGUGAAGGGCAGCACUAUCAUCUUUGUACUAACUAAAGGGGCAGACGGCUGGGCUACUGCCAUAUGUGAUGGACAGAAACUGCGUAUACCGACCUCUCACCUGGAGCCUGUUUAUGCCCCCAAGGCUGAUAAGUGGAAAGUCAGUAAUGGGAUCCCUCUUCCCCCCAUUAAAGUGCCCCCCAACCGGCCUCACUUGCAAGAAAUGGACCACCAGCAGCCAGGACCUGCUGAAGGAGAAGACACUGCUGCAAAUGAUGCUGAUCCGCAAGCAGACUUGCAGCAGGUCCCACUGGCUCAGGACAAAGCAUCCUCCAGCGAGAACAGAUCCAUCCUGCUGAAAGUCCACUGUGACUAUACAGUUAAAGUGAACAAGGCCCUGACCCUGUCAGACCUCAGGUCUCUGCUGAGGGAGACGUUCAGCCAGCAGGCAGAGCUUGGGAAGCUGAGCUGCAGGCUUUCAGACAGCAAACAGUUCAUUGUGAUUUCGGGAGAAGAGGAGAUGGGGAAGAUGUGGCAGGAGGUGACAGAUGGGAGGCUGACACUCUGGUGCCAGGGCACAGAUGCCUGUUCAGACAGACCUGUUCUCUACAGGAUGGUAGCACACCACGGUUACACGGCGCAAAGGCCAGAGGAUCUGGAAUUCAAUGAAGGAGACACGCUGGACAUUCUCUCCGAAGUGAAUGAGGAAUGGCUUGAAGGCCAUUGCAAUGGCAACUUUGGCAUUUUCCCCAAGUGCUUUGCUGCCCAGGCCAGCAUUGGGGCUGCCUGCCCUUAGAGAAGAGAUGCUUCUUCCUGCCAGACUCCACAAGAAGCCAGCUGGGCUGGGAACCCCACCUCACCUUACUCAUGUCUCCCAGAGAACAGGAGAAGCUUGCGCCAAUUCAUUCAGGUCUGACCAUUGCCAGCCCUGCUAGGUAUUUAAUGAAGCUGCCUACACAAGACGCUUCCCAGUGUGGGACCCCAUUAUCCAGAAACCCUGCAGGAUUCGUUUCUGUAGCAGAAAUAGCAUUUUCUAUGGCAUGUGUCUGGCCUCAGUAUUUCCCAAUAAUCAAAGUGAAAUGACAGGUCUGGCUAGAGAGUGGGGGUGAGGUGCGAUCUGGGUGCAAGACAGGGGGUGGUGUCUCAUGAAGGUCACUCUGAGAGGUGCUGACACAGCAAACGGAGUUUUCCCAUCUCAGACCUAGCCACCAGCUCUUUCUGUAGCAAGAACUUGGGAUUCAAAGAUGCAGAUUAAGUGGUAAGAAGAACCGGCUCCUCCAGAAGAGGGGGCCUGGCUAAGGCCUUAAUCCCCACUUAGAAUCAUAGAAUACCAGGGUUGGAAGGGACCUCAGGAGGUCAUCUAGUCCAACCCCCUGCUCAAAGCAGGGCCAAUUCCCAGACAGAUUUUUACCCCAGUUCCCUAAAUGGCCCCCUCAAGGAUUGAACUCACAACACUGGGUUUAGCAGGCCAAUGCUCAAACUACUGAGCUAUCCCUCCCCCACUUCCCACCAGCUACAAUAAAAGUGGGGGAAGCUGGACCUUGUCGUCACUGGAUAUGCCCACGCUGCCGUUACAUACCCACAGCUGGCCCGUGCCAGCUGACUCGGGCCGAGGGGCUGGUUGAGGGCAGUGUAGACAUUUGGGCUUGGGGCAAGUAAAUAGCUCCUUAGCCCAAGCCCCACGAGCGUGAGUCAGCUGGAACAGGCCUGCUGCAGGGGUCUAAUGGCAGUGCCGACAGACCCAUUGAGGCCAGACUGUGGGAGGCAAGAUGCCACUCAGAGGACAGGGAGGCAGGCUUGAUUCCCUGGGCCCAACGCAGUGUAAAAACAGCGCUGUUCUGGUUGGGGAGCAAUUCACACCCACUUUGCAUGGCUGUAAAUGAAUGCACAUGAAUCAGGCAUAGGGUGGGUGGCCCCUCCAAGCCCCAUGGAUCGACCAGAGGCAAAGGGCCCUGUGCCCAGACAUCUUGGGUUGUGGGGAUUGUCCCUGGUCAGGUGAACACUGGUGUUGUCCCAAUCGGUUCCAUGAAGUUGGGCCACAGCAGGGAGCUAGACCUUGAGGGACUGAGCACUGGGUUGGAGGGAAGAAAUGCAGGGUGGGGGAGAUGGACAAGUGACAGGAGCUGAGGCACUGUGGGGAGGGCAGCCAGAGAAACAGGCCUAACAAAGCCCAGAGGGAUCAGGGAGAGCCAGAAGAAGGAAGGAGCCAUGGGGAAGCUAAGAACACAGAGAGAGCAGGGCUCAUGGGAGUAGAUAAAAAUAACCUGGUGGGGGGGAAGGGAGGUGACCUAGGGUCUCUACUUUGCAAAAAGGGUCCCAGGAACUGCAGGGUGGUUCCUGGGCACCAGCCCCUGGGGCUCGCUCAGCCCAUCAGCUAUGCGGUGCAUGAGCCUCUGGGAGCUCACUCAGCCCCCACUGGCCUCGGGGAGCUCCCUUGGCCCUCCUUUCUGCCUAGCCUCUCACUUGGCCCAAGCCUCUGGGGAGUUGCUCAGCCCAUCAAUCCUUCAUAGCCCUCACCUGGCUCAGGGCCCUGUGAGAUCACACACCGUCUCUGUGGUGCUAGGCCUCCCAGCUGGCACAGGUUGUGCAACCCAUGUACACCAUGGAGCCUUUGCCAGCAUGGGUCUGCGCAGUGGCUCCGUCCCCUGACCCUGCAGCUCACUGACACCGGCCUGUGCACGGCGCCGGCUCUUUGAUGACACAGCCUCUCAGCGCUGCAGGGUGCUUACCUGGAACAGGCUGAGCAGGACACUCCUGCCCUCCACCCUGCAGGGCAGGGCCGGCUCCAGGGUUUUUUCCGUCCCAAGCUGCGGGGAAAAAAAAAAAAAAAAAAAAAACCGCA